UCUGCCUUAGAAGAAAAUGUCCCAACUUCCACUGCCUCUGGAAAUGUUUGCUGAGCCAUCUUGGGUGGAGCUCAAUAAUUAAUUUGUAAUAUGGAGGAUAAGCCUGAGAAUGCUCCAGAAAGUUGUCCUGGUACGCAGAGCCAAGAGGCUGGGAACACCUCAGCUUGUCAAGGCUGCCCCAAUCAGAGCAUCUGUGCCUCUGGUGCCCCCAAAGCACCAGACCCAGCUAUAGGUGAGAUUGAGAGUCGCUUAUCGUCAGUCCGUCAUAAAGUUCUGAUACUCUCCGGGAAAGGAGGAGUAGGGAAGAGUACAUUCACAACUCAGCUUGCGUAUGCAUUAGCCAGUAAUGAGGAGAGACAGGUUGCUGUAUUAGAUAUUGAUAUAUGUGGUCCCUCACAGCCUAAGAUGCUGGGAGUUGAGAAUGAGCAAGUUCAUCAGAGUGGAUCAGGAUGGUCACCUGUUUACAUUCAGGAUAAUCUCUCUGUGAUGUCAAUCGGUUUCCUGCUUGGUAGCCCUGAUGAUGCUGUCAUAUGGAGAGGACCAAAAAAGAAUGGUCUCAUAAAGCAGUUCCUACGUGACGUUGAUUGGGGUGAGUUGGACUAUCUUCUUGUUGAUACUCCUCCUGGAACUUCAGACGAGCACUUAAGCAUUGUCCAGUAUCUUGGAGCUGCUGCAGGUAUUGACGGUGCAGUUGUAAUAACGACGCCACAGGAAGUCUCUCUCCUCGAUGUGAGGAAAGAAAUUAACUUUUGUCGAAAAGUCGGCGUGCCGGUUCUUGGUGUUGUGGAGAACAUGAGUGGAUUCAUCUGCCCCAAAUGCAAAACAGAGUCAAAGAUAUUUCCACCCACUACUGGAGGAGCAGACAAAAUGGCAGAGGAAAUGGGCUUAUCAGUUCUUGGUCAUCUUCCACUAGAUCCAAGAAUAGGCAAGUGUUGUGAUAUGGGGCUAUCAUUUAUCAAGGAAGUAUCAGAUUCACCUGCAGCUUUGCAGUACAUCAGCAUCAUGAAAAAGAUCUUGCUAGCCUGUGGAGACACAGAUGAGAAACAAUAGUAGUGGCAAGGAAAGAAAGGGAGAGAGAGGAGGAGGAGGAGAAGUCUGUAAUCAUAUUGUCAUUGUCUGUGAUGUUGUUUCUGAUCCUGAACUGAAUGCCUGAUAAUGUAAAAUAGAAUCAGUAAUAAUUUAUUUGUCAUUAUGUUAUUAUUAUAAAAAUUAUAAUUAUAUAAAAAGAGUAA